UAGCGGUGAGAACGAAAAGGAUGAAAACAAACACCGCCAGCUGACGAAGAAGAGCUUGAGGGAACACUGAAGCUGACCCAUUGACGAGGAACUUAGGGAGACGAGAUCCUAAGGUGAUGCAAGGAGUAUUAUGUAACAGAUGAGAAAGGAAAAAAGGCUGACCACCUUGUAGGUGAAGAUGUCAUCUGGGGAGGGUCCACCAACCCAUCUGGUGCGUGUACUGGAGUGCAAGCAAGGAGCGGUGAGGGCUGUCAGGUUCAAUGUGGAUGGGGGCUACUGUCUAACCUGUGGUUCUGAUAAAUCAGUCAAGCUAUGGAACCCUCACAAAGGAACCCUCCUACACACCUAUGCUGGCCAUGGAUACGAGGUCCUGGACGCUAGGGGUUCCUGUGACAACUCACUCAUUGGGUCGUGCGGUCUGGAUAAAUCAGUAAUGAUGUGGAACGUGAGCACUGGAGAGUCACUGCGCAAGUUUCGAGGUCAUGCAGCGAGGGUGAAUUGUGUAUGCUUCAAUGAGGAGUCGACAGUCAUACUGUCUGGUUCCAUGGAUGGCAAGGUCAAGGUAUGGGACUUGCGCAGCCGCAGGAAUGACCCCAUUCAGGACUUAGAUGAAGCCAAGGACUCUGUGAUGACAGUGAGCAUUUCAUCCCACCUGAUCUUGACGGCGUCUCUGGAUGGCUACACCAGAGUGUAUGACCUUCGCAAUGGUCAGCUCACCUCAAACUGCAUUGGUGAGAGUGUGACGUGUGCCUCCCUCAGUGGGGACAGCCAGUGCAUUCUGACCUCCAGCCUUGGCUCCUCCCUGAGACUCAUGGACCGAGAGACGGGAGAGCUCCUUGCCCAGUACUCAGGCCACAACAGCAAAGACUAUAAGGUGGAGAGUUGCUUCACACCCUCUGACACCCACGUAAUGUCAGGCUCUGAGGAUGGUUGUGUCUACUGCUGGGACCUUGUGCAGUCCACUCUCACCAAUAAACUAGAGCAUCGAGGCAGUACAGUGGUCCACUCCCUGAACCCACACCCUUCCCAACCCUUCCUGCUCACUGCUUCCCUGGGUCAAGUGUGGCUGUGGUCAGCACAUCCACAGACCUGAACACUGUACAGAUGUGCAUGUGUGCAUUCAUACAGUGUGGUGAAGCUUGGCAUUGGGGUCAGAGCGCAGGGAGCUGGGUCUCAUGAGGAACAGAACAAAAGCCAAGAAGGUCCACAUAACAGCCAGCAGUGUGGUGUUCUCCAUACCACCUGUUGUGAUGGAAGAACUUGGCCCUGGCACUGAAACAAAGAUGAAGUACCAUUACCAUCUUUUCCUCAAGAACAAGCCAUAUUACUUCAUGUCACAUUUUCACACACCUCUAUCUGGCUGUCAUGCCAGACCUGUGUGUCUGCUACCUCAUCAAGGCUUCCAUUUUUUUUAAUCUAAAAGAAAUACAGAACUUUCAUAUACCAGAAACAAGUGUCAUUAUCUCACAUUACAUGAAAAACUGUUCUGUAGAAACACAAGAUAAAACCACUUUUCCUCUCUAUAAUAUGUAUAAAAGUAACUCUUGGUGCAAAUAAAAAAAAAAAACAUCUCAUUCA